GUGUGGAGGUAUCCACCCUUGGAAUUUAUUCGGCUGCGACGGAGUCUCGUACUCGCGAAGGAAACAUCCGGAAAGAGAACGAGAGAGAAAGAUUCAGGGAGGAAAGAAAUAGCGAUCCUUCAUGACGUUUGGAGGUUCCGGUGGAUCCAGCGUCGUCGUUCCUCGGAACUUCAGAUUGCUAGAAGAGCUUGAACGAGGAGAAAAGGGCAUUGGAGAUGGAACAGUUAGCUAUGGUAUGGAUGAUGGAGAUGACAUCUACAUGCGUUCCUGGACAGGCACAAUAAUUGGCCCUCAUAACACUGUUCAUGAAGGCCGUAUAUAUCAGCUGAAGUUGUUCUGUGACAAAGACUAUCCUGAAAAACCACCCAGUGUUCGAUUCCACUCACGAAUAAACAUGACAUGUGUUAAUCCUGAGACAGGAGUUGUAGAGGCAAAAAAAUUUGGCCCUCUGGCAAACUGGCAACGCGAGUACACUAUGGAGGUGAUAUUAACACAGCUUAAAAAAGAAAUGGCAGCACCACAAAACCGGAAACUAGUCCAGCCUCCAGAAGGAACUUUCUUCUAGGUUGUUGGGUGUGAUUGUCAUCUUCUGAUGAAGUGAGCUUUUUGUAUGUUUGUUAAUCAACAAGUCUUUCUUAGAACAGUGCUUGAGGUGGAAGUUUGCAUGUUGUAUUUAGCUGGUGUAAUUGUGCAUCAUUUGCACCGUGGACUUGAAGAAAUUAAUGUUCAGAAUGCCUGUUCCUUGACCUUAUUGUUCUGUGUUACCUGGAAGGUGUGUGCUUGGAAUUUAGUUUGUAUGGACCAACCAUGUGAUAUAAUUUAUCAUUACAUCAGAUUCUGAUUUA